UUUCUUUCAGUUCGGCACAAACUUCGGGAGAUAGUAGGAAUAUCCACACGCUGGAGUGACCAUGUGAAAGUUAUGGAGGAGAGAAAGUUACUUCAUAGUCUGUUGCCCAAGAGCCAGAAGGAGCUGCCUCCAAGGAGGAUGAAGGACAGUUAUAUCGAAGCCGUUUUGCCUUUAGGAUCUCAACCCAUGUUACGGGAGAAAUAUUUGACCGUACACAAUAGUGUAAGAUUUGGCAGGAUUUUUGAAGAUCUCGACAGCUUAGGAGUUCUUAUUUGCUAUACUCACACCAAAAUGGAUUCCAGCAAGAUGUCCCCUUUCUCCAUCGUGACGGCCUUGGUUGACAAAAUUGAUUUCUCUAAGAAGAUCAUAAGUCCGGAAAAUGAUUUUAAGUUCAUUGGACAUGUGAGUUGGGUUGGAAAGACAUCUAUGGAAGUCAAGAUGUGCCUGUGUCAGUUACAGGAUACGGUUUACCAUCCGGUCUUGGAUGCAACAUUUGUGAUGGUGGCUCGUGAUCCUGAAAACAAAGGGCCAGCUUUUAUAAAUCCACUAGUCCCUGAAGGUCCAAAGGAAGAGGAACUCUUCAAGCAAGGAGAAUUGAAUAAGGGGAAGAGGAUUGCCUCCUCCACUACGUCCUUAUUGAAGAUGGCUCCCACUGCAGAAGAAAGGCAUGCAAUUCACAACAUGUUCCUUAACACGCUGGACCCAAGGACUAUAAGUUUUCAAAGUCGAGUUUUACCUCCAGAUUCAGUGUGGAUGGAAGAUACAAAAUUGAAGAGCCUGCAGAUAUGCCAUCCUGAGGAACGGAACAUUUUCAAUAGAAUCUUUGGAGGUUUCCUUAUGAGAAAAGCAUUUGAACUUGGUUGGGCUACUGCUUGUAAUUUUGCUGGUUCCAGGCCUUUUCUAGUUGCUGUAGAUGACAUCAUAUUUCAGAGCCCUGUUGAAAUUGGAUCACUGCUAUUCUUUUCUUCCCAGGUUUGUUUUACUGAAAAGAAUCACAUUCAAGUUAGAGUACACAGCGAAGUAUCUUUCCCUGGUACUAAAGAGCACAAGACUACCAAUAUCUUCCAUUUCACAUUUUUUGUUGAAAAAGAAGUGCCGUCGGUGAUUCCCAGAACCUAUGGAGAUUCCAUGUUAUAUUUAGAUGGUCAGCGACAUUUCAUGGGUGCAAUGCAUCAAAAAACCAAUGGGACUGUUAUUAUCCAGUGACGCCCUUUUGGAAACUGAGGAUGACAGAGCAUAUAGUGUUUGAGGAGGGCAGGAAAAGGUUUGUGGGGACUAAGAAAGUGUCCUCAUCUUCACGGAGAAGGAUCACACCCAUCAGAAUUGCCAGAAAGGGGAUUUUUUGAUUAAAAAAAAAAAACCAAACACCAAACUCCCAAGAUGAUCUGAAUUGUUUGUAACCUCAUUUAGUACUAUAUUGCUUCCAUUUUCUUCUCUGCCAAAGAAGCAGGACAAGCUGAUUUUUCUAAACACUCGUGACACAUUAUUUUGCUGCACGUGUAGUGCAUGUCAACAUUAAAGGUUCACUCUGACCAUUUUACCAUUUGCUAAA